CAUAUUAUUGUUGUCUUCUUUCUUCUUCCACUAGUCAUAUAUAUUGGUGGGGUGCUUACAUAAGAAACCACAAAUCUUAUCUGUGACACCAACUCCUUCCACAGAGAAACAAAGAUAGAUAGAUAGAAAGAGAGGGAGAUCAAUUAUGGAUGGAUUACAAAGAUCAGAGAUAUCUUUCAGGAGGCAAGGAUCAUCAGGACUGGUAUGGGAUGACAAAUUGUUGUCAGGCGAACUGAAAGAAGAAAGGGCUGCUGGUGAAGAUGAUCAUCAUACUAAUAAAGAAAAGGGAGGAGGAGAAUCUAAAGAGCCAAAACCACAGACUUAUCGAAUAGUUAAGGAUGUUAGCCCAACCAUUGAUCCUCCUUCACCUAAGGUUUCCACCUGUGGUUUCUGUUCCAUGUUUGGAACCAAACCCCAACAAAAAUUUACAACUACCCAGAAGAAGCAACACCAUAGACAACAACCACCACCACCCAAACGUAAGUUGUAGUUUUCCUUUCUUUUUUUUAUCACAACUCUUGUUUCAUAAAAACAAAACUGUAGCAUAUGGUCUGGUUUGGUUUGGUCUGGUCUGGUUGAUCUUUACUAUGAAAGUAUUUGGACUUGUAUUUUUGUUCGAAGGCUUGAUCUUUUGAAUUCAUUUGAUUUUAGCUC